AUGGAUUCUGUAUCAGUUCUUUCAGAAGUAGAGCUUCAAAACGAGCUUUCAAUCUUUGCCAAUGCACAAUUCACCUAUGAUAUUGCACCGGGUGCCGCUGCUGACGAUAAAAAAAAUGAACUCAACAACUCACAACAACGAUUCCGAAGAGAGUCUAAGCAACUUAAUAUGCAUUCUCUUUUAAACGUUAAGUUAGCUUCCCUUGCUGAGAACAAUUAUCACACUACCAUGACACCUGACGCCAUCGAAAGUUAUUAUGAUCAGUCUCCUGAUUGUUCUCCACCAAACGGGUAUCAUUCACCUAACCCUUCCCCACCUAACGGUUACCACUCACCCAAUCCUACUCCACCUAACGGUUAUCAUGCCAAUUCACCAAGUAUCUUUAACGGUAUCCAAGGCAUCGUCAACCCACCCAUUACCUACUACGGUGAUGAUACUACCACUGGAUACGAUGAAGAUCAAUUCAUGAAGACGAUGCACGGUCGAAAGAAUUCGCCUUCUUUAACAAAAGAAGACAAACGGCGUCGAAACACUGCUGCUAGUGCACGUUUCAGAGUUAAAAAGAAAUUACGCGAACAAGCGCUUCAGCAGACGGCCGAUGAAAUGACCGAAAAGGCCAAAGCCUUUGAAAAUCGAGUCCAUGAACUUGAACGAGAAGUCAAGUGGCUGAAAGCUUUGGUUGUCGAAAAGAAGGAUGGCCCUUUGGAACAGCUACUCAUGCAACAACAUCAACGACAUCGUCAAUUACAGCACGAACAGUAUGCGCCUGUUGGCCAUCCUGCCUCAAGUUCUAGUGGCAAUUACAUGUCUCAUGCAAGACAGCACAUUUAA